CACCCCACGAAAACUUAUCUACAUUGAAGCCUACUAUACGUCAUACGAAUAAUAUGUGUCAAAUUGCUUUUUAAAUUAAGACAAAUUAAAACUAUACCAAUUUAUAAACAAUUUUUAAAGCGUUUUACAUACUGCAGCCAUGGAGAUUAUGGAAAAGACAUCCAUGAUCUCGAAAAAUGACUCUGUCGAAUACAAUUGGGCCAUGCGUACCAGCAUGCUCAAAGAAGACGACGAUUGGAAGAACCGAAGAGCCAUACCACUGAAAGAACAAAAGCGUAGCUUUGAUAUACCAACUGAUGAAUCAUCCAUCUUAAGUUUACAAAGGGAGGAAGACCAAACCAGAAUCUUUGCCUCAUUGGUGCCGGAUGAAGUGAUUUAUCAUAUAACCGACUACACUAGAAGAAACUUUGAUGCUUGUCUGUUAUUCGGAGAUGUUUCUGGGUUUACUGAUCUUUGCGAGAAAUAUAACAAAACUGGAAAAGGAGGACCAUCCAAAUUAACCCAGGUAUUAAACAGCUAUAUUGGAGCUAUGGUCCAAGAAAUUAUAUCACACGAUGGUGACGUAUUUAAGUUUUCUGGAGACGCUUUUAUAGCGCUCUGGAAAGUUACAGACAAUUUAUCCAUGAAAGAUGCUGUGCAUGAAGCUAUCGAUUGCGGACUAGUAAUUCAAAAGACUUAUGGCAGAUAUCAGGCAGAUCAAGAUGUCGUUAUUAGAGUGAAACUAGCCAUAUCAGCUGGUAAUCUCAUGUUUUCCCUGCUGGGGGAUAUGGAAACGUCGUACUAUUUCGUUUUUGGACCUCCUAUUUUGGACUUAAAAGCUGCUGAAUCUCAAAGUUUUGCAGGUGAUAUAAUUAUAACUAAAACUGCGUGGCAACAUGUCAGUCCUAAUGAAUAUUUGGCUGAAGAGUUAAGAGAUGGGAUGCAUGCAAAGAUAUACGGUGUUGGUCCAAAUUGGCGGAACAUUCAAAGAACUACUCAGUACAAUAAAGGGGAAGACCAAGUAAGCGGUAUGGUCCAGGAAGUGAAUCAAUUAAGUCGUACCAGUCUAGUCGCCGAUGAUGAUCAAAUGAGCGAAAUCAGCCAGACAUCAUCAGUGAAUUUAUUGGCUAAAGGAUCUGAAGAUGCACUCGGCGCUGGUGAAAGUUAUAAUGCUAAUAGUGAUCAAUAUGCUUUACGGCCAUCGGUAAAUUUUUGCCUACGAAUGCGCAUGCUUAAAGACCUAAAAAAGUUUAUAAUCGCUCCGGUAGAACGAGGUAUUACUGCAGACGAGCCGAUCGAGUAUUUGACGGAAAUUCGACAGGUCACCAUUUUGUUUAUAAACUGUAAAAUAAACAUAAGUUCUGAGGGGAAGUCAGCUCAAGUCAGUGAUGUGGCUAACGAAGCCUUUAAGAACGUUAGUCGGCUCGUCAAUGAAAAAUACGGAUGUUUAAACAAGCUGAAUAUGUUCGACAAGGAUUUGCUUAUGUUGGUGAUCUUCGGCUUGAGGGGACUGAAGCACGAAAUGGAGAGUCAGGCCGCGUUAAAAUGCGCCAAAGAAUGCUAUGAUAGUUUGGGGAAGAUUCCUAAUAUGCUUGGGGUCAGUUGUGCUGUGACAACUGGUAAAACAUACUGUGGUGCCUUUGGUCACGCCCUACGAAGAGAAUACACUGUUAUCAGUUUAAUCGUAAAUAAAGCAGCCAGAUUAAUGGUCGCUUAUCCGAACAAAGUGACUUGCGACAGAGAAACUUUCUUGCACAGCAAAUUAGAAGCCAGAAACUUUAUCCUACAGGAGUAUAAACCUUUAAAAGGAAUCCAAAAUCCUGGACCUGUUUAUGAGUUUAAAGAAGUUGAAACGGUUCGAGAAGUAUCUUUGACAGUCUCCUUGAGACCUUUAUUAGGUAGAGAGCAGGAAAUCGAUCUGUACAGGCAUCUCUACAAGCUGGGAAAAGAAUGUAGCAGAAAAAUGGAAGAAGAGUUCUUUGGGAUGCUCGUGAUCCAAGGCGAGUCUAGGCAAGGGAAAACCAGGCUGCUUGAGGAGCUUAUCUUUACUACUGAUCCGCACACUCCCAUAUGCAGAUUCACCCUGACAAAGGCCGAUUUGAAGGUGCCGUAUUCCUCGAUUAGACUUCUCUUCAAUCCACUUCUCGGCUUGGAUGAAAAAUCAUCUACAUCAGAGAGAGAACGGAAAAUACUGCGACGUUUAAAAAAAAUAUCUGCGCAGUCAGAGGCCCACUUUUUUAACAGCAUAUUUGAUUUAAAUUUUAAAACGCCCCCUGGUUAUGCCAAUAUGGAUAACGUUGUUAAAUAUAGACAACUAAAGAGUUUGUUUAAAACUUUUUGCAAAGUGGUUUUCACAGUAUUUUGGGUAAUAGCUAUUGAUAACUCUGAAUUUAUCGAUGACGAAUCAUGGGUGCUCAUAAGCAUCUUAACCAAACAAAGCUUAGUCUUUAUAGUGGCAACAAUGGGCUUACGUAGUAUCUUAUCUUCAGUCGCUGUAGAAGUACUCACUUUGCCAAAAAUCAAAAUAAUUCAGAUGAAAUGCAUUGACAAAUGGUACCAUGUAGGCCUGGCCUGUCAGAUGUUAGACGUAGAUGCCAUCCCACCGGAACUAGAAAAGGUAAUACAGUCCAGGAGCAAUGGCAAUCCUGGAUGGGUGGAGAGUUUCUUGAUAAGUGUUAUGCAAUCUGGAGGGCUUUUUAUUAAAACCAUCACCAGGAAACUAGCAUAUGAAAGUGGAUUAGUUGUGCCACCUUUGUAUAUGAUGGUCAGACUUACCCAAGAGGAGAAAGACCAGUGGAUCCAAACAAUGGAAGAAGGAGAAAUACAACCGAGUGACACUACCUAUUCCAAAUGGAAAAUGUACGUUGACAGCUGCAGAGAAAGCUAUCCAGACUUAACAAUAUUCCCAGGCCUUCGUGAGAAAUUUAACCUGCAGGCCCAAAUAAAAGUGUGUAUCCUAAAUCCUUCUUUCAAUAUCGACGAAGUAGAUCCCGAACUAUCAAUGGACGUACUCAUUUUAAAAACAUUCGAUUCCCUUACCUCGUAUGAACAGUUACUUAUUAAAUGCAGUGCCAUACUUGGUGACAUUUUUCCUAGGGAUAUGUUGAUGUAUAUUAUGUCAAGCUCUGCAGUCAGAUUGACAGCUUUAGCUGUCAAAAAACUCUUUGAAAUUCACGUGUUAUGUUGCGCCAGAGGAAAUUUCAUUGAAGGUGGUUUAGUAUUUAAAGAAAGACUAAAAAAUCCGAAUGAAGAGACUGAAGUGACUUGUGAAUGCAAAGGUCUGAUCAUUGAUGAAGCCUGUCAAGACUUACCAAAAUAUGCUUCUUGCGGAUAUAUGCGUUUUCUGUCAACCACAUUUAGGGAGACCACGUAUAAUUUGCUAACGGACAACCAGAAGAGAGAAUUUCACGCCAAGGCCAUAAGAUACUUGGAAAAAGAAACCAGAAAGUGUCGGGCCUGUGGCAAUGGCUACUUCACCAAGUAUAUGGGCAAUAAGCUUGAUUACGAUCUCAGAUCUCAAAAAUUAAAAAAGAAAAAGAAAAAAGGGGAAAAGGCACGAAUAUCUGUGACCACAGAGCAGUCAAGUCAAAUAACUGGAAUGACAAAUAUGCGAGAAAGUGACACUAUGCGGUUCUCCUUGUACAGCAGUGGAAGUGGACAUUCGCACGAGAGCUCUUCCAGAUAUGUAAAAGAGUCCGCAACAGGACACACGUUUCUUUCUUCCAUGUUUUCGUCACAUAUGUCGGCCAACUUGGAGGUUUCUAGUUCGACUAAGAAUUACGACGCCGACAUUGAAGGAGACUUCCAAAUGAUCCAAUCAGCAAUAGGAAUUAAUACAAUUAAUAAAUACAAAAACGACUAUAAUAUCACAAAAACGUUUUCUGAUGCGGACUUUAGCCAGUGUACCUGUCUCCUUAUUUUGACUGCCAUGUAUACUCAGAUGAUUGAACAUUGCAGUGGGGCUGGAUUAGUAGAGAAAAUGAUGAAUGCAAUGAUAGAAUUCUGUUACGUGUGUAUCGAGUCCCAGAACGUUCCGCAAACCUUUAAGAUUUUGGAUGAGGCAUUGGAUCUUCUUGAAGGACCCAUGAAACAAACUGUAGAAUUAGAUUGGAUGAUAACGCUUAAAAGGGGAAAGCUGUAUGCCAUUAUGGGAUAUUCCAGAAUGAAACUGGCUCAGUAUGAAGAGGGAUAUGUGCAUUUAAUUGCUGCUCUGGAUUGCUAUGGAAUUACAUUUCCAAGUAACACAGUCGCCCUUUCAAUAAAACAAAUAUCCCUUAGCCUCCAACAGGAUAUGUCUCUAUACAUUUUUCCAAAGCUUUACACUGGCAAAAGUAACGAUGACGACCUCUCCAACUAUUGCAAUGACGUCGCGGAAUGUUUAUAUUAUUUAUCUAGCUACUUUAAGAUAAAAGGGAAAUUUUACCACGCCCGUCUAGCGGCUAUGUGGGCCCUAAAACACGCCAAAUAUUCCGAAACUGAUUUCAGCCUGAUCUGUAUGUGUUACGCUAACAUGAUCAAUAUGUGCACGCAUUUCGGUGAUCAGGGACAAAAUAUCGCCUUGGAGGUGUUCGCUUUCGAACUGUGCCAGAGGAAACGCAGUACUGUGGAAAGGGAGGAACUGAAGGCGGUCGCUUUGAUGUAUUCUGCCAUAUUUUUUGCCAGAGCGGCUCGGGCAGAAGUAGAAAAAUCUAUUCACAUAGGUUAUCUACUAUGGAGAAUAGCGUCUUCAACCCAUGUCACUUAUGCUCUUUUGAACUUGCUGCCCUUGUUAGUGCUUCUCAUUUUGUACAGGAAGCAUAUAAACGAAGCCGGAAACAUCAUGCAAGAGAUUUUGUUGGUUGCUAGUGAAGACGUUGACAUAUCCGGUCGUUGCUGGUUCUACGCCCUAUGCAUUACGUUUCAUUUAGAAACAGGUUUUAUAAUAGUGCCCUAUCAAGAAUGCUUGGCAUUUUGUCAGGGAGAAGGAAAGGAGCCGGCUUUGAGGGAUCCUAACUCUAAAAAAAGGCUUAUUAUGGCAGUUUGGUUAUGGAACGUUAGAGCUGAAUACUGGGAAGGAGCAUUUAUGUGGGAAGAAGAGGUGAUGAAAUUCACAAUAAAAAGUGAAGCGGAAAACAUCGAAAAUCUAAUUAGCGCCCUCUAUUUCCUCGAAGGCCUAAUAGUGAUGAUGGUGCGAAAAAUGGACCGAAAAAACAUCCAAGACGCCGAAAAAUAUGAGCAAAAAGUCAGAUAUCUAUUCGGGCAACUUUUUAAGGCCGCCCGCUCUGUGAAACUCAUUUUACCCAGACUGUGGCAUUUAAAGGCCUACUUCCAUCUCUGUUUAACUAAUAAAUAUAAUGAAACUUUUAAAAUUAUGAAAACGGCCCAUAUGCACUCACUUAGGUUAGGAAACGAGAUGGAAAUAUCUUGGCUUAACCAUAACGAGCAGGCUUGGUGUAACAACUUGACCAGACAAGAAAAGAAUUUCUGGAAAAUUCAUGCUGAUAGCGAAAACCAUGUAGAGUACAACGAGAGCGACGAAUAUUCUGAAAAAUUUGGUCAUUUUUCCUUACCUAUUCCUAUAUACUUGUGAAUCAUUACUUCUGGAUAUACUUUGUAUAUUUUUAAGAAAUAAAGUUCUAUUUAUAGUAUCCAGAAUAA